ACAAGGAGUGAUUUAGAUUAUUGGAUUGUUGUAGUUCGACGAGCUGAAUUAUUCAGUAAGGCAGUUUCAGAUUUACAAAGUUAAAAGUAGGAGUAGAUCAAUUAAGCUUAAAGAACCAAAAGAUGGAAGUUGAUACUGCCGUUGAAAUCAAACAAGAGCCUAUAGAAGGUGUUGAUUUGGAAACAAGAAUCUUAAAUCUUUGCCAUGAAAAACCUGGUGGAAUUAAUGAAGAUAUAAUUAAGCAAGAUAUGCCACAGUUUGAUGUUAAACAGAGAGUAACAGCUAUAAAUCGCCUUCUCUCAACAGGUAAAUUAGAAAUAUUCAAGAGUGGAACAAAAUUGAUUUACAAAUUAAAAGAUGGACAAUCAUCUAAUAGUCAAAUGAAAGGGGCAGACAAUCAGGAGAAAUUAGUUUAUCAGAUCAUUAAAGAAGCUGAAAAUAAAGGUAUAUGGAUAAGAGAUAUCAGAUACAAGUCUAACUUAUUAAUGACCCAGCUGAAUAAAAUAUUAAAGAAUUUAGAGAGUAAGAAACUGAUAAAAGCUGUUAAAUCUGUAGCUGCAUCUAAAAAGAAGGUAUACAUGUUAUAUAAUUUAGAGCCAGAUAGAUCAGUUACAGGAGGAGCUUGGUAUAGUGAUCAGGAUUUUGAAUCAGAAUUUGUAGAGGUUUUAAAUCAACAAUGUCUAAAAUAUUUACAACAGAGGGCUAUUACUGCUAGUGAAGGUAAAACCGACCCUGUGGCUCAGAAAAAUGGAUCUUAUGCUUCAUCUCAAGAAAUCUGGAAGUUCAUAUCUCAACUUGGUAUCAGUAAAGUUCAGUUAGCAGUAGAAGAUAUAGAGACAAUAUUAGAUACAUUAAUCUAUGAUGGUAAGGUAGAAAGAGCAGUCCUAGCUGGUAACCAAACUGAUGAACAGAGAAAAUUAUAUAGAUCAGUAAAACCUGUAUUAGAAACAACUGGUUUAAUGAGGAUGCCUUGUGGUUCAUGUCCAGUAUUUGAUCAGUGCCAUGAUGGUGGUGCUAUUUCACCCACUACUUGUGUUUAUAUGAAAGAUUGGUUAUCAUGAUAUCAAUUAUUAUACUGUAAAUACCUUUAAUAAAUUGUUGCUGUUAU